GCAGAAUCAAUAUGACUCCUUUUUUUAUACAACCACUGGUGUAAUGGGAUAGUUACUACUGGUGGUUGUACGGUUCUUAAUGUAUUACUAUCAUCAGCCCACAUAAAAACUAGAAAAUUCUUUGAGAGGAAGGAAUACACAUACCGGUAGUAAUCAUAUAUACUGAGAGUGUUGGUGAGCAUUUAUAAAAUUGAUGUGUGAGCUCGUGAACACAAAGACCAGGACAAUUUUAAUUGAUCGAUCAUAUUGGACACGUCCAUUUUCUUGGCGUGAGUAUUGAGAGGGUAUCAGAGAAAAGUAGGAGUAAUUGGGUUAGAUGUGGUUUCAAGUGUUGACUUGGUAUUACAGAAACUAUUAUAGAUUGGCAGCGAAGGUUGACUAGAAAUUGUGUUUUCUGUAUAUAGACACACAUUAUAGACUUGAUUCUAUAUUGAAAUUUAAUUCAUUGAGUUGAACUGUAGUUGAAAUGAAGAGUGGAUGUAAAAGCGAAAACAUUCCUAAAGACAGAUCUGUACGGCUGAGAGUAAUGCCAGAACAGAGUAAUGAUUACCGAGUUGUGGUUUUUGGUGCUGGGGGUGUUGGGAAAAGUUCCCUUGUGUUACGAUUUGUGCGUGGGACAUUCCGAGAAAGUUACAUACCCACAAUAGAGGACACUUAUCGCCAGGUCAUCAGUUGUAAUAAACAGGUGUGUACCUUACAGAUAACAGACACCACAGGCAGUCAUCAAUUUCCAGCAAUGCAGAGACUCUCUAUAUCUAAAGGACAUGCAUUUAUAUUAGUAUAUUCCAUUACCAGCCGUCAAUCAUUAGAAGAACUUAAGCCUAUAUUUGGCGAGAUUUUAGAAAUUAAAGGUGAUAUCGAAGGUAUACCAGUAAUGUUAGUAGGUAAUAAAUGUGAUGAAACACUUCGUGAAAUCACCACACAGGAAGGAGCGGAACUUGCCAAGAGAUGGAAUUGUGCUUUUUUAGAGACCUCGGCUAAAACUAAUCAUAACGUCAAGGAACUUUUUCAAGAAUUAUUACAGUUAGAAAAACGCAGGACUAUGAGCCUUCAGCUGGAAACCAAAAAAUCCAAAUCACAGAAGCGUAAGGAAAAAUUAAAGGGAAAAUGUGCAUUAAUGUGACAAUAUGUUUAUAAGAACUGUUAAUUCUUUGUUUUCAUGGACAUUUAAUUAGUAGAAAUACAGUGAUAUAGUGCAUUUUAUAAUUAUUAUUUGUUCUAAGUUGUUAAUUAUAUUUUAGUUAUGUUCAUGUUAUUAUAAUUAUAUACCGGACAAUUUGUAAGUAAAGAAAUAUACAUGUUUUAAUAUUGUGAUAUACAGUUUGAAUACAUUUAACUCAGAGCUGAAUUAAGGACUUUGUGGGUUUGGUAGCAGAAUUUUGUCAGAAGUGUUUAUAAUCCAUGGGGUGGGCUUCAAGUAAAAAACAAUUGUGAUAAAUAAAGAUAAAAAAAAUCGGCCAUCAAACACACAGCUUGGAGGUCUAAAUUUUUCUUUGGACACAGAAAUCCAAAUAAUCUCCAGAAAAAAAUUCUUUAGUUUUUUAAGAUGCCAUUUUGGGCCAGGAGCUGUGCAUCACAGGCACAGUACGUGCUGUCCAUAUCUGCCUUAGUCCAGUUCUGAUUUAACUUGAACCUUUUCACUGUCUUGUUUUAAUUCAAAACUCAAAUUUAAAUUCAUUAUACAUGUAACAAUAUGUUUUAAUACUCUUCUUGCCUAAACUUGUGAUAUCUAUGCCUAAAAUCUAAAUAGUAAGAGAAAAAAAUAACUUAAUCAAGCUUUUUUUUUCAAAAUUUUAUUAAAAAUGACACAUUUGGGCAAAAAUUAUGUACUGGUAUUUAUUUCACAAAAUCAAAGCAAAUAGUUUUUACAUUUAUUUUAUAAUUUUAACAGUAGGCUAUUAAAUAGUUAUAAUUUUUAUAAAUAAUUUUUACAUUACAAGAUUUGUUUAACCAUUAAUGUGUACGUUUUUUUUUAAUUUUAAGAUUUGAUUACCAGUAAUUUUGCAAUUUUGCAAUUUUAGAAUUUUUGUCUUAGAUUUUGAUGAUAAUAAAAUGUCAUGAAUGUCGCCUUAGGUUAGGAUUCAGAAAUACAGUGGAGCUUCGUGAUUAGACUUAUGUUGGGAUCCUGUAGGUGUUACAGUGAGAUUUAUACUUUGCACACAAUAUGUAUAACAAAUCUCAGACUUUAGAGCCAGGUAGCUCUCCCUAUGUUACUGUGAGCUCUUUAUGUAAUGAUCCACAUUAGUUAAAAGAUGUCUAUCCAUGAAAAUUUUAUCUAUAAAAUUAUCUUGACUUUAAUGUUUUUAUAAUUUUACAGCUGCUAGAUUUCUACUUGAACUACUGUAUAUACUGGAAAUCUUCAUGGCUAGUAACAAAAAAUGGAAUUCAAUUUACUUAUACCGUUCUAUUGUUGAUAAGAUUAUUGUUAGCCAAAUGUUAAGACAACACUGCUAAUUAAUAUUCAGUACUAGUUAUAUACAAUAUAGCUUAUAUUAAGUUUCAAGAAGUUAUACAGAAACUCAUGCAAAUGCUUUGAUUUUUGAUUGAUAGGCAAAUUUAAGAUUAUUUGAAUAUGCUAUUAUAUAAAAUUAUUAACAUUUAUUUUCUUGCUUAAAGAUACAUUAUGUAAGAUUUAGAUAAUGAGCUAGCCAUUCUUGCUAUAAUAGUUCAAAAAUGGAUAAUGCAAAAUGAAUAUAUUGAAAAUUUCACUCAAAUUACUUUAUUGCGAACAAAGAUAUUAGCCUUUGAAGGUUUGACAAGAUAUGUGCAUUAAUUGUAACCACCGUACUGGUUGUUUGAGGUUAAGCCUCACUUCUCUAUUUUUAACUUAAAUCAAAAUAUGGCUGAACCAUUCUAAUCUACUUAAUAUCGGAUGGCAUCGAGAGUUAAUUAUGGUAAUAAAUGUCUUAUUAAUAGAUUAUAUAACAUUCAGGCCUAAAGAAAGACCUGCAAUUGGCAGAUUUAAUUCUUGCAUAAUGUAUGUUUAAAUUAAUGAUGCCUCUCUAUAAACCUUUAACUGGUUGACUAAUAGGCACUUGUAAUACUUGUAAUAGGACAAUAGAACUGGUUUAUAUCAAAACUUAAUGGCACAUGAUUUGAAUUUUUGAAAGGUUUGCUUUGUGGAGAAAAUAUGUACUCAAUAAGUAGUGAGUGAUGUAAGUUUCCAUGCCUAUAAAAUAUUUUCUCCAAAAAUGAUUAAAAAUAAAUUAGAUUUAUAAAUGUUAUGAAUGUAUUUAUAGAUAAUAAUGUACAUAUAUACAUAUAUAUUCAUUAGUUAUAUAAAUAGGCAUUUUAAACUUAAUGUGAAUCUGCAUAGACAAUGUUAUAAUCCAACAGCUUAAAUACUUUUUAACAGUGCAUGAAAUUAAAUAAACAUCUGAUAAUUCACAAUUGUUAUACAAUAAUAAUAAUAUCAUGCAAGUUAUAGUUUCCUGUUUUAUAUUAUGCUAGCAAAUUUAUAAUUACAGUUUUAAAUAAAUCAAACUAAUAGAAGUGAAAUCUGUUUAGAAAAGGCUUUUUAACUUAUAAUGCUACUUAAUAGAUAAUCAGUCAAAUUUUAAUACUUUAUUUACUUUUUAGCAUUUUAUUUAUACUAGCAGAAUUCAUAUAACAUCUCGGUUUUGCUAAUUUUUUUAUCUAUUUGCAUUGUCUGAUCAUAUCAAGAUAUCGCUUGAUAUAAAAAAAAAAUAACAUUUUUAAAGUGUAGAAUUUUUGUUAAGGGAAAGCUGAUGAUCUCAGCAAUUUACUGUACAUUAUCACCAUUCAAUUUAUCACAAAAACAGAUCUCAAUAUCACCAAUAUAUUUAUAUAGAUAAAACUUUAAUCAAAAUGGUUUUCUGUUACUGUUAAUUAAUUCUAAUGCCUAGAAACAUAUCAUUAUGUAUUAGAAGAGAUUACCUUUUCGAAUGUUAAACUAAAUGUCAAACUAUUAAAGAAAAUUUAAGACUUAUCUUUUAAAUAAUCACAUCAGCUUAAGAAACAAAAGGAUUAAAAAAGGACAAUAGUAUGACAUUUACAUUAAGCAAAGAUAUAAAGCUGUAUUCAUUGAAUGUUUAAUAAAAAUUAAAGUUGUAAACUAAACACAAAAUUAAAUAAUGUUUAACUCAGAUUCUUAAAAUUUGGAAGGACCUUUUGGCCAUCUCCCCCCCCCCCCUUUUUGUAUAUUUUUAUCUUAAUUUGAAUUUUUUUAAAACAUUAGUUGUUUAUUUUAUGUCAUAUCUAUUGAACAAAGUCUAAUAUACUAGUAUAUCAUAUAAUAUAAACUGAACAAUUUUAUUUUAUGGAAGAUAAAUUGAUAUCUAUUGAUAUCUAUUAUGUAAUAAAUGUUAAAUUAUCACAAUUAAUUGAAAAUAAUGGUUUUUAUUGGAAAUAUCCAUCUUGAAAUAUUUAUGAUCUGCAACCUAUCAUGGAUAGAUCAUUGUCAUGACAAGAUGGAAGAUAGCAUAAGGCACCAUUUAUAAUCAAAGUAUAGUAGCCUAUUUUAUUUUAUGUUUUAGUGCAGAUUUCUUAAAUGUUUUUGUCUUUAAUAAACAUUCUAUGUUUUUAUCACUUUUGAUACUAUAUCAUUUCAUUGAUGAACUUGUAGAUGUGAAGCAUUUGUAGCCAUUUAGUAGGCUGUAAAGUAGGCUAGUUGUCUGUGAUGGAAUUGUUUUAAUGAGAUAUAUAAACUGUUGGUUUUUAUUAAUUUUUAUGUUAUGAUAUAUAUUAUUCACAUAGUAUUACUUCAUUGUUUUCAUAAAAAAUAAAAUUUUGUAAAUAAGCA